ACAAAGUAAACAACUGCGGUGCCAAGAGAAGCGAAGAGAGCAAACAUUGUACAAUAUAGGUAUCUAUUUCGAAAGAAUUUAUCAUUUACUUGAUAACACUGAGUACAUGUCGCUUGGAUCCCCUGUCAUCGUAAACAAUACUCAAACGGGACGUCUACUAAGGAGUUUUUUACAGUAUCUGGCUCCGUGAUCGGGUGCUCGAAAACCCCAUAGGGAGUAGAUGUUUUUAGUUGGGCUUCACACAUCUUGAACAGCUUACUACUCAACUUCAUCGCCAAGAUAUCAUACUGGGAAGCUUAACACAAGCUUUGCAAUGUCCUCUCCAGCGUCCAGUUUCUUCCUUAACGUAACACCAAGCGUUCCAACUGCACCGUUUCAAGUAAAUCCCACGUUAGGAAUGAUUGUAGAGGUCGUGAUUUUAUUUCUGAUUUGUGGACAUUUUUUUAUAAUCAUGACUCUCGGUUUAUACAAGCCGUGGAAUAUUGCUGACCUGCUGUUGUUCUCGCUGUCUGUAGCGGAUGGCCUGAAUGCUGCAAUACCCUUACAAAUGUUGAAUGUACUGAAUAACUUUAUUGGUCCAGAGACGUGGAAUGAAGCUUCGUGUGCUGUUUUUGUAAUACUGACAUAUACAUUCCGUAUUGCCUCUGUGUGCACAAUAACUCUGAUAUCUGGCGACAGAGCUAUUCUAUUGUCAAGACCGCUUCAACACCAUAUCAUCGUUACGAUAGAGAGGGCGAGGAUAGCUGUCGCUACAAUAUGGCUAUUCUCUAUUUUCAUGUCGAUUUUGCCGUUUCUUGGGGUUGGGAAAACGGGAUAUCGGAAAGGCUUCUGCUUUUAUCAGUUGUACGAUUUCGGAGUGGCAUACGGUUACAUCAUUGAAAGCAUUGGCAUCGUGCAGUUAAUUCUCGUCUUGAUCUGUUUUAUUGCAAUCAAAUCAUCAAGUGGCAGAUUUGUGAAGCGCCAGUCGACGAUGGCGGCUUCCAGACAAACUGGUGGGAAGAACCAGCAAACGCGGGAAACUGCUGGCACGCGACAAGUCAAGCAAAUGUCCACUAUGAUGGCUAUAGUAGUUUUGCUAUAUUACAUCAGCUGGUUGCCUUAUUUGUUAAUAAACCUCUACAGUAUGGUGACAGGGAAAUUCAAUCACUCCCAAGUUAUUUUAGUUGGUAUGCUAUCUCUUGUCAAUGCGCUUAUCAACCCAAUCUUGUACGGAAAAAUGAGCCUGCGAUACCGCCUGGGUUACUUGUACAUCUUCAAGAGAACAUUGUCUGUGUGUGGUGCGUCAAAACCUGACGGCUCAUUCUUUGACGGUACACGUCGUGCUGCAUCGACAAUUGCAAGAAACUCAACAACAGGUGCUUCCUACAAGGCCAGACAAAGCAUUGAUGCUGCAUUUCAAGAUGGUGGAUUUAAGAGCGCUAAAGAAGAAUUUUCGACAAGAAGAGCUGGCGUACGAUUUGAAGUCAACAACAAAGUGGACAACGAAGCGGAGGAAAGAACAGCGUUUCUCUUGGUUGAAGACGGCAAUGCUAACUUGAAAAGUCCAGAUACCAGUUCACUUCAAACUUCUUUACGAAGCGAAGAUGAAGUAGUUAAUAAGACUGAUGGCGAAUAUUCACCGCUGGAUGAAAGUUAUGACAGUGCACUGUAGAUAGAUUGCUUUUAUUCCGUGGACCUUAAUAUAGAAGUCUGAUGCAGAUUUAGAUGCGAUGCUGCUGACCAAAAGGAACGUACCCAGUGACUACAAGACCGAUCAUGGUUGAUGGAAAAUCUGGGGAAAGUGAUUAAUUUGUUGUUGGUGGUGAAGAUUUAGAAUCCAUGAACCUUUUUAGGACCUGUAGUAGCAAGACAAGCCAUUGGAAAUCGGGCCACGCUUAGAAUCGUUAAGUCUUUUAAUGAAGCAAAUCAAGCUUGAAGCUAAAAAAAAUAGGCCUUUGUUUGAUGUUAUCGGGCAUUUCCCGCGUUUGAAGGUGUUCUUCCCUAUAGGUUAAGAAAAAAAUUUAAAGCAGACAAUGUCACUGGAUGAAAAUGGUUAAGAACUGGCUAAAAAAACUGCUGGUGUCGUGUAAAGUUGACACUUUUUCAGUGCAUGGCGAUUUCGUCUUGUAUAUUGCAGAUAUAUUAGAUUGUUGAGUAAGUACAUGUGUAUUUACUGAAUUGACAAACCAGUUCACAGUACUCUUCCUUGGCGUUAUUUUUUUCUAGUUUUGACAUAAUUAAGUAAAGUUUAAGACUUGAAUUUUUUCACGGUCACAAAAAACUUACUGGGGUCUGCCUUUCCGAGGAUAUGUUCUUUCUCCCAUUCCCAUUUCUAAUGGAUAUCGCGCGGGCAACAAAGUAACACAACGCCUGGGAACUAGGUUAAACUUUCUCAUUAAUGGCCUCCUGCAAACAUCUAAUUUCUUCGCAUGACAUCAGACCUGAAUCAAACAUUAACGUCACAAGAAUAAAGGAAAU